AUGUCCCAGGCAGAAGGAGGUGAAGAGCCCUUUGAAUACUGCAACGUGGUCAUCAACAGCCAGGAGAAGGUUUUGGAUGUCUACACGCAGCUGGAGAAGUUGGGAGAGGGAAAAUUCGGGACGGUGUACCGGCUGCAGGAAAAAGCCACCGGCAAAAUUCGGGCUGGGAAAUAUUUCCGGACGCGGACAGCUAAGGAGAAGCAGGCGGCUCAGGCUGAGGUGGAACUCAUGAACCUGCUGCAUCACCCGCGCCUCGUGCAGUGCCUCGCCGCCUUCCAGGGCCCUGCCGAGCUGGUGAUGGUGAUGGAGUACGUGGCGGGUGGGGAGCUCUUUGAGCGCAUUGUGGAUGACGACUUUGAGCACACGGAGCCCAGCAGCGUCCAGUACAUGCGGCAGAUCCUGGAGGGGCUGCGCUUCAUGCAUGGCCAGGCCGUCGUCCACCUUGAUCUUAAACCCGAGAACAUCGUCUGCGUCAGCCCCAGCAGCCACUGGCUCAAGAUCAUUGACUUUGGCUUGGCGCGGAAGCUGGGGGAGCAAGACCCCGUGAAGGUGUUGCACGGCACUCCUGAGUUCAUGGCUCCAGAAGUGGUCGCUUUUGAGCCCGUGGGCUUCUCCACGGACAUGUGGAGUGUUGGUGUCAUCUGCUACAUCCUGCUGAGCGGGGAGUCGCCCUUCCAGGGGGACAAUGACAUGGAGACACUGAGCAACAUCACAGCUGCCCAGUGGGACUUCGAGGAGGAGACCUUCUCGGAGAUCUCACAGCACGCCAAGGACUUCAUCAGCCAACUGCUGCAGAAGGAACCUCGCCGCCGCCUGUCCAGCGAGGGGGCUCUGGGGCACCCCUGGCUGCAGCAGCCCCAGCCCAGCAGCACUAAGUCCCUGUCGAAGGAGAGGAUGAAGCAGUUCCUGACACGUCGGAAGUGGCAGAAAACAGGCAAAGCCCUGCUGGCCCUCAACAGGCUGACCUUGCUGUCCCAGACCCCAGAGAAGAAAGCAUCGGAGGCUCAGGAUGAGGAAGACCUGGCCUGCAGCCUGGAGGAGGAUGAGGAGCAAGCCUCUGGCUCUCUGCCCCAACGAGGUCCCAGCUUCUCAGAGCUGUUGACAGACCAAGAGGAGGUGGAAG